AUAUCCCCACGGGACUACGAUGGCCACGGGACCCACACCGCAAGCACUGCUGCCGGGUCCCCUGUCCAAGGCGCCAACCUGCUGGGCUUCGCUAGCGGGACGGCGCAGGGGAUGGCAUCCACUGCUCGGGUCGCAUCAUACAAAGUCUGCUGGAUACACUUGUGUUUCAGUUCCGACAUACUGGCAGCUUUCACUGCAACUGAUAGAGGCAUCCUCGUUUCGUGCUCCGCAGGAAACAGUGGCCCCGACCCGUACAGCAUGGAAAACAAUGCACCGUGGAUAACGACCGUCGGUGCGGGGACCCUUGACCGCGACUUCCCGGCGGAUGUCAUGCUCGGGGACAGAACGACUUACGCCGGCACCUCACUCUACAGCCUUCGAAAGCCACUGUCCGGUGAUCUCAUGUACGCUGGAUAUGUGAGCAACAACGGCAGCAAUCUUUGCAUUAACGGGACCCUCAUCCCAGAGAAAGUUCGAAAUAAGAUUGUGUUGUGUGACCGCGGGGUGAAUCCCAGAGUUGAGAAAGGCGCAGUGGUGAAAGAAGCUGGGGGUUUAGGGAUGAUUUUGGCUAAUACUGACAAGGAAGGAGAGGAGAUGGUAGCAGACGCUCACAUGAUCCCGGCCAUGAUGGUCGGCGCAAAGUCGGGGCGUGGAAUAAGAAGCAAUCUUUGCAUUAACGGGACCCUCACCCCAGAGAAAGUUAGAAAUAAGAUUGUGUUGUGUGACCGCGGGGUGAAUUUAAGAGUUGAGAAAGGCGCAGUGGUGAAAGAAGCUGGGGGUUUAGGGAUGAUUUUGGCUAAUACUGACAAGGAAGGGGAGGAGCUGGAAGCUGACGCUCACAUGAUCCCGGCCACGAUGGUCGGCGCAAAGUCGGGGCGUGGGAUAAGAAGGUAUUUGUUGUCCUAUAGAUCCAAUGCCAAGGCCACUUUGUUGCGAGGGAUAACUAGGGUGGACGUCAAGCCUUCCCUGGUUGUCGCAGCCUUCAGCUCUAGGGGACCCAACCUUAUCACCCCCGAAAUCCUAAAACCGGACCUCAUUGCGCCCGGGGUGAACAUCCUAGCUGGAUGGACAGAUGCUGAUGGUCCCACCGGCUUAGAUAUCGACAAACGCAAAGUCCAAUUCAACAUAAUCACUGGCACGUCCAUGUCGUGCCCCCACGUCAGCGGCCUCGCGGCCCUGCUAAAGGCGGCCCACCCUGAGUGGAGCCCUGCCGCCAUUCGUUCGGCUCUCAUGACCACGGCUUACUCCAAUUACGAGGACGGGAGCCCGUUGCUGGAUGAAGCCACCAACAACGCGUCCACCCCAUUCGAUCAUGGUUCCGGGCAUGUGUCCCCUAUCACCGCCCUCAACCCAGGCCUAGUCUACAACCUAACCACGAACGAUUAUUUGAACUUUCUCUGUGCAAUAAAUUAUACUUCUUCUAGAAUCAAGACCCUUGCAGGGAAAACAACAAAAUUCCGUUGCCAGCCCAAAAAAUCAUACAGCGUCAACGACCUCAAUUACCCUUCCUUUGCAGCCACCAUUCCCCCAUCUGGAAAUUGUAAAACAACCGUGGUUUUUAGGAGAACACUCACAAACGUGGGAGAAAAUGGGACGACAUACCGAGUCUCGAUAUAUUCACCAAGACCGUCAGCCACGAUUUCUGUUACUCCUAAAACAUUGGUUUUCGGCCAAAAGAACGACGCAAAGUCUUACAAGUUGACGGUGGUAGCAACCCAGAUGUCGCCCGGUACAAACGCGUUCGGCAGAAUCGAAUGGUCGAAUGGGAAUAAUGUGGUGGGGAGUCCAGUUGCUGUUAGUUGGAUCAACGCUACUCAGGAUUAA